AUGUGUAACAUCAAAGGAAAGCCGCGCGCCGUCUCAGACGAGGAGUGGCGCGCGCGCCUGACGCCGCUGCAGUUCGCGGUGACGCGGCGCGCCGGCACGGAGCCGCCGUUCAGCGGCGAGCUACCGCCGCCGUCGUCGGCCAGCGCGCGCUACGGCUGCGUCUGCUGCGGUGCGCCGCUCUUCCGCGCCGCCGACAAGUUCGACUCUGGCUCCGGCUGGCCGUCGUUCCACUCGGCGGCGGACGGCGCGGCCGGCCGGCCGGACGGCAGCAGCGUAGAGACGCGGACCGACAUCAGCCACGGCAUGCUGCGCGAGGAGGCGCUCUGCCGCCGCUGCGGCGCGCACCUCGGCCACGUGUUCGACGACGGACCCCGCCCCACCGGCCUGCGCUACUGCAUCAACGCCGCCGCGCUGAAGCUGACGCCGGAGGAGUAGCGGCGGACUGCGGACAGCGCACUGCGGAACACGGACCGCGGACCACAGACCGCGGACCACAGACCGCGGACCACAGACCGCGGACCACAGAUCGCGGACUGCGGACCGCGGAUCGCGGAUCGCGGAUCCGCGGAUCGCGGAUCGCGGACUGCGGACCACGGACCGUGGACUGCGGACCGCGGACCGCGUACUGCAGACCGUGGACCGCGUACUGCAGACCGUGGACCGUGGAGACUACGGACCACGGACCGUGGGAUCACGGACCGCGGACUACGGACCGCAGACUGCGGACCGCGGACCACGGACCACGGACCACGGACCACGGACCGUGGACCACGGACCGUGGACCACGGACCGUGGGAUCACGGACCGCGGAACGCGGACCGCGGAGCACAGACCGCGGACUGCAGACUGCCACUGGUCACCGAGGAAUACGGCUGGUUCUCGCGGUGUGAACGGACGAUGGUCUGUGUCGCACGUCGCCUAGAGCCGUUUAAGUCGCUGGUGGAUCAGCGUAGAUAAUUUCUGAGAUGAACUGUGUUUUAUGUGCCAUAGCGGCGCCUUGUGUGCCGCGCGUGAUUGUAUCGUGGUGCCAGUACCACCACCGGAGGAAUGCACUUUUAUGAUGUGGCUCAUCGUGCUGAUACGAGCUUUGUUAUCACGCAGUGUGGCAUUGUAAGCCGGAAGUGAUAAGCAGGUUGAUUCAUUGAUGUGCUCGUAUGGACGGAAAACAAGACACUGAUGUUGGGUGAUAGGACUGCGGCGCGUGUUGACGGUAGCAAAUACAUAUUUUGAAACAUG